AUGGAGAACUAUGAAAAGAUUCGAGUAGUAGGCCGGGGAGCGUACGGCGUAUGCUGGUUAUGCCGGCGAAAGGAGGAUCCCCUCGCCCAAAAGGUAAUCGUUAAAACCAUUUUCAUUCAUGGAAUGAGUCCCGAUGAGGAGAAAUCGAUUAUGGGUGAAGUGAAAUUACUCCAGAAAAUGCACCAUCCGAUGAUUAUUGGCUAUUACGAUUAUUUCGUAUUCGAAAAUCAACUCGCCAUUGUGAUGCAGUACGCUGAAGGUGGUACCAUGGAGCGCCUUGUGCAAGAUCAAAAAGGAGUGAAAAUCCCUGAAGCACAAGUUCUCAACUAUUUUACACAGAUCCUCAUAGCUCUCAAUCACAUUCACUCAAAACAAAUAGUGCACAGGGAUCUCAAAACGCAAAAUAUCCUUUUGAACAGGAAAAAGACUCUCGUAAAAUUGUCCGAUUUCGGUAUUUCAAAAGAGCUCACUACGAGGAGUCUCGCAUCCACCGUUAUUGGGACACCGAAUUAUUUGAGUCCUGAGAUAUGUGAAGGAAGAGCAUACAACCAGAAAAGCGAUCUCUGGUCACUCGGUUGCGUCCUUUAUGAGCUACUCGAGUUGAAGCGAGCUUUCGACGGCGAAAAUCUGCCAGCGAUAGUGAUGAAGAUCACCAAAUGCGCAUAUCCACAAAUUGGAAGCCACGCAUCAGCGCAGGUCAAAGGUCUCGUAGAUACAUUGCUCCAGUUGAACGAGAGAAAACGACCGGACACUAAGGAACUCCUAACUUGUCCUCUUAUCCUGCCGAUCACCCUGACAUUGCAUCUGGAUAUCGGUAGACUAUCAUUUCCACAGAAUGAUAAGCGGAAACCAAUUGCUAGCGGACGUCUACGCACCACACCUACGUCCUUGACGUUACGGACAGGACAACAGCCAGUGAAAAUCCAAGAGGACAUGCGUAGGACUAUACUACGAUGA